AUGAAGCCGCAGGUGCUCCUGUGCCUGCUGCACCUGGCAAUGCCUGAGGAGGCUUCCAAGGAGGGAUUGUGCGCGUCUGGAGCUUGUGAUUUGUCGCAGGCUGCGGAUGAAUGUGCCGCCCUCCAAGUGAAGAACGUGGCCGAAAGUCAAGCUGAUCCCAAGAAGAGGAAUCUCGAUCAGACAGAUAAUGGCAACUCCCCUGGACGUGUCACAGGUUGCAUCGGAGGGCUGUCACCUUGUGGAGUCUUCAAUGAGGCUACAUCAGUUUAUGUUGUCAGCAACACGGCCGGAUACGGUCUUGGGGAGUAUGUGGGCAACACCACCGGACAAAAUCAAUGGACCGUGAGUAAUUCAUGUGAAAUUCCUGAGUUCAGUUUUUUCAACUUGGGAGAAGAUGCCCCGGCGAACGGGAGCAUUCGGUUGCAGGGCAUCCCCGGUAAUCGAUGCGCUGGGCUUUCUACAUUCUCCGACUUUGUUGUGGCUGUUUGCUCGCGUGAGGUUAAGUUUACUUUCAAGUACAAUCCUUGA